AGGGAAACAGUUGCUGACCAAACCAGACAGAGACUCCUUGGUUCAGCUUUUGUGAAUGCUGCCUUUUUAUUUCAGCUGUAUCUUGGUCUGACAAAACAAGGGACCAUGUCUAGCUUUGGCUAUAGGCGAGAGCUUAGUAAAUAUGAAGACCUAGAUGAAGAUGAACUCCUUGCUUCUCUAACUGAUGAGGAGCUGAAGGAGCUGGAGAGGGAGUUUGAGGACAUUGAGCCUGACCGGAACCUUCCAGUGGGCCAGAGGCAAAAAAGCCUCACAGAGAAAACUCCAACUGGAACUUUUAGCCGGGAAGCACUGAUGGCCUACUGGGAAAGGGAGACCAGGAAACUCCUAGAAAAAGAGAGGAUGGGGGCAUGUGAAAAGGAGUCUAAAGAUGAAGAUGAUGACACAUCAGAAGAAAUUGAUGAAGACGAUUUUACAGGAAGUAACAGUGAAUUUUCUGAGGAGGCUUACACUGAAGAAGAUGAGGAAGUGGCAGAAAAGGAGGAAGAGAAGGAGGAGGAAGAGGAGGAAGAGGAGGAGGAAGAGGAGGAAGAGGAACAAGAAAGUAGUUCAAAUGAAGAAGAAAAGGAAAUUGCUGCAGUAUGUCAAAGGACUAUAAAUUGUGAAAGCAGCAGGAGCGCAGACAAAAUUAAACAAAGAAAAUGUGACAGUGAAAUUAUUACCAAUGGUCAUAGUGAAAAGGGCAUAGAAGACUCAACCUGCAGAACAGGUGCCAUUCACCCCUGUGGAAAUCCCACAGUGAUUGAAGAUGCUCUGGAGAACGUUAGGAACAAUGAUCCUGACACCACAGAAGUCAACUUAAACAAUAUUGAGAAUAUUACCACCCAGAUGCUGACCCACUUUGCUCAGGCCCUCAGGAACAACACUGUAGUCAAAACUUUCAGCCUGUCCAACACUCAUGCAGAUGACAAUGUUGCAAUGGCCAUUGCCGGAAUGCUAAAAGUGAAUCAACAUAUAUCAAGUCUGAAUCUGGAUUCCAAUUUUAUCACAGGCAAAGGGAUACUAGCUAUCAUGAGGGCUUUACAGUAUAACAAGGUUCUGACGGAAUUACGGUUCCACAACCAAAGACAUAUCAUGGGCAGCCAAGUGGAAAUGGACAUUGCUAAACUUAUGAAGGACAAUACUACACUGGUGAAGUUAGGCUAUCACUUUGAGCUUGCUGGACCAAGAAUGAGUAUGACAAGCAUCCUGACAAGAAACAUGGAUAAACAAAGGCAGAAACGGAUGCAGGAACAAAGACAACAAGAGUCCAACUGGGAUGGAGGAAUCAGCCCAAAGACCAAAGCUUUGCAAAAAGGAACUCCUGGUUCUUCACCUUACUCAUCUCCUCGGAGUUCACCAUGGUCCUCCCCAAAGCUUUCUAAAAAGGUUCCACCUGUUAAAAUCCAACCACCAUCCCCUCCUCCUCCGCCUCCACCACCACCUCCACCACCACCUCCUCAAAUUGUCCCAGAGAAAAAAGCACCAACCAGGAAUAUUGCGGAAGUUAUCAAACAGCAGGAGAGUGCCCAAAAAGCUGUACGAAAUAAACAGAAAAAGAAAAAAGGCAAGAAAAGCAAAAAAUAUGAGAGUGAGAUCUUGAAAGAAAUCAAAGAUUCCUUAAAAUCAAUCCCAGAUAAGAAAUCAGAAGAAGGUUCACGUCCUUCUACCCGACCUCCUACACCACAGAGAUCUAUCCAUGGUGACCUCAUGGAAGCAAUCAGAGCAAGUAGCUUAAAACAGCUAAGGAGGGUGGAAAUCCCAGAAGCUCUGAGAUAAAAACAUGAAGAG